AUGGGCCGGCCUCCAGGUGUUCCGGGCAGGAAGCAACUAACGGCUGAGGAUAUCUUCCGCUGCCAGGUCUUGUACCGCGACGCGCGGAUGGGACCAACCGAGAUCCAGCGCGUCACCGGAUACACUCUGCAUCAAGUCAAGUACGCGCUCAAGAAGAAGACCCCAACCGUUGGCAUACGUACUGGCCGGCCCAGGAAGGUCGCGCCAACAUCAAGCCAAAACACAGAAAGAGAGGAAAGCGCCCAAGGUGAAAGGGGCGCUGAGGCUGGUCAACAAGACCACAUUCUCCUUGAUCAGCCUCCCACAUCCAACGCUGAUGUUUCGCAACAACCACAGCCACAACAACCGUCUCUAAGCCAGGCCCCAGGGUGGUCUCAAGGCCAAGUGCCUGUGCAAAGUCUUCCUCCAUCUGACCAGCAAUCUCUCUCUCAACCACCACCUGCUCCAACUGUUCUUACCCAGCAACCUUACGGCCGGAUACAGUCCCAGUACCUUCAGAGCGUCCCAUCAGAUCAACAACCUCCGCAGGCGGCGCUGUGCUUAGGGAACGAUGUUACUCACCCUGUCGCUGGGCAGCCACCACCACCCCCUUCGACAUUGGCCCCAAUGACGCAGACACAGGUCCCAGAGAAGUGA